UAAUCUCACAAAGUUCAACUAUUCAUUCCUCUCCAGGCAUGGCCUGUAGAACUGCAGAGUAAUAAAUACACAUUUUCAGUGGUUUGUAAAUCAUUUUUGCUUAAAACUGACAUGGUUGUAGGCUAUUUAUAUAGUAAGUCACAUCCUAUGGCUCAGUCGUGUAAUCAUCUUGUUAAUCAAAAGACUUUUUCGCAGGCAAUAUCAUUUGACUGACUAGACUACUGAGUAGCCUAUUGCCAAAUAUUUUGAAUAUAAAUGGUAUUGAUUUAAUGCUGCAGGUUGGUGUUAGUCAGAACAACAGCUUUAAAAUGAAACUUAUCGUAGAUCACCAUCGGGAUAGUUUGCGGGGUGACUUGAACUGAAUUCACGUAAGGUAUACACAUCAUUUAAGCUUUCCGUCUACUAAAUGCUGGGUUGUAGCCAUAACAACACAGAAGUAACUACAGCUGACGCAUGCGCGUCAUUUCCAUCUGAGCCUAGUCCACCUCGUAUCCUGUUACACGCAUAGCAAGCUAACGGGGGUUGCCCAUAUGGCCAUCCCGUUGGCUGAGGUGUUCCUUGCACCUCUCUUUGUGUGCCCAAUACAUCUAUAUGACUGACCAGGUUGUAUUGUUUUGUGAUCUCCCACCGUCUAUGUAUGUUAAGGCAGAAGAAUGAUUGCAUCCUUAUCAAAAGGAAAUCUACUAGACGUGCUACAGGAAGGUUUCAGUGAGCCACAAGUGGCAACGUAUGUGUCCUGGGUGAAUGCGCAGCUGCGAAAGAAACCUGGAGUGAACCCUGUCCAUGACCUCCGGCAGGAUCUCCGAGAUGGCGUGGUCCUGGCACACCUCAUUGAGAUCGUUGCUGGUGAGCUCCUCGAUGGCAUUCAUUACGCCCCCCUUGACAACCAAGAAAAGAGGCAGAAUGUGGAAAGGGUUCUCCAGUUCAUGUCUUCCAAGCGGAUACGCAUGCCACAGACCUCCGCUCGAGAUAUUGUGGACGGGAAUCUCAAGUCUGCCAUGAGGCUGAUCCUGGCCUUGGCAGCCCACUUCAAGCCUUCUGCUUCAGCCAGUCACAGAGCGGGUGCUUCCAUGGGUCGGGGCGCAGUUGGGUCCUCACCCAAUCAUAGGCCUCACUCUACCAUGGCAAUGGCACAGAAUGCUGUGGCCGCACUUGCGGUAGCCCGGCAAGAUGCCUCCCGCUCCGGCCGCUGUUUGCUCCACCUGAGGCAGGAAUGGAACAGCCAAGGCAACCUUGUUGCCAAGGAGAUUGAUAACCCAUGCUGGAGUGUGAGGGCUCUGGUGCAGCAGUACGAAGGACAGAAGGAUGAACCAGACGAAGAUUCCGACACAAAGUCACCCAGUCUCAGGUCAUCCAGCCCUACACAGAGUCCUGGUGUCACAGAGGACAAGAAAGAGGGUGUUAAAAGCCAGGCUGUGGAAGCAGUUAAAUCAGAUGACAUGGUGAAGUUGACGCCGUGUGUUGAGGGGGCUGGCUCUAGGCCUGACGGAUCAUUGGGAGUCUCCAUAUGGGAGGACCAGCUGUGUGAGCAGCAGGAACUACUGGAGAAGGAGAUGCAGGACGCAAGAAGGAUGGUGUCCAGUCUACAGGCUUUGCUUCUCCAUGGCUCGCUGCCAGAGGAUGAGCAGGACGUGUCACUUGGUUUUGCUGAGGGAGUGGAUAAUGCAGAGCAGCAGCUGGUCGUAAUACGCAGUCGCCUGGAUCAGAGUAUGGAAGAGACUCAGGAUCUGAAGAGGGAGCUCUCGAAGUUCAGACAAGAGGCACGAAACCUGCUCGGCGUCAAGGAUGCCCUGCAGCAGAGAAUGGCAGUACAAGAGACGUCUGUUUUACAACUGAAACAAGAACUUUUAAGAGCCAACAUGGCCAGAGAUGAACUGACUGGACAGAAUGUGGAGAUGCAACGAAAAGUGGAGGAACGCAACAGACUACUCAGUGAUUACAAGAAAGAACUGAGUCAGAAGGAUCGGCUGCUUCAGCAGCAGCAGACCAAACUGGACGAGGCCCUGCGGAAGCUUGCUGAGAGCUGUCACCAGAAGACAAGCCUACAGAGAGAGCUAGAGCGAAAGGAGCGUAUGCUGCAGGAGCUGAUGAACAAUCACACUCCAGAGGAGGUCCCUGUUGCUCACAACAAUGGCUACUCCGGGUCAUCCAUGCCCCAGACAUACAGAGGGGCAGAGGAGCUGCAGUUGGUACAUGAUGCGCUACGCAGCCUGAGGAACAGCUUCAGUGGCCACGACCCCCAGCAGCACACACUGGACACGCUGGAGCAGGGCGUGGCAAGCCUCGCGGACCGCCUUCACGCCAUGGAGACGUGCCGCAGACCGGAACGCAAGGUCAGGGGUAAAUCACCAGGACGCAAAGCUACCCCCACAGACCCUGAGUCCUGGCCAUCUGGCUCUAGUAAGAACUCCUUGGCCUUUGGGCUCCAUCAUACAAACACAGGCUGACAGAGAGCAACAGGAUACGUGGAGAUGGAGCCGAUUCAGGGGGCUCAGCGCUGAACAGGCGGCCAGUGACAAACCAGUGAAGAAGAAGUUCGUCUGGGAGUCCAGGAUUUCUUUUUUCCUUGCCCCUGCUGGCCAAUGGUGUAUCAGCGUCUGCAAUCUGGACAUGGAGGAAGAAGUAACUUCCAAGAAAUCUAAAUUAUGACAUAAUUUACUUGUCUCCAUGCCAACGACAUUCUCCUGACUGACUCACUUCAGGCUGCACUGAUAAGCCAACCUUGUGACUCCUUGCAUGAGGUUGAUGAGUACAUAACGGCAUCAUUUUCAUCUUGUUGAAUUAUCAUCCCUUGAAGUAUUGACCACAUUCAUGGGUUACGUUUUGAGUGCCAAGUACCUCCUCAUCCCAGGGCGGUCUUAGGGGAGGACGAACAUGGGCGCCGCUUCAUGCCCAGACCAUAGAGCCACAUGGUGAAUAUUCUGUGUGGUUAGUGAGAUCAACAGAUGUCUUUAGCUCCCCUUCACAUGACCAUGUACCAUAACAAAAUUAUAACAACUAGCUACCUACAAACACAUGCCUAAAAACUUUAAAAGUAUAUUACAUAUUGCCGCUUUAAGUAAUGUUUACAUGGUUUUGUGUUCACUGUGUAAGGGUAGAUAAAAUGCAUAGAAGAGAAACACAGUGUUCAUUUUGUACGUAUACGCUGUUGCUAACCGAAGUGUGUCAUCUUGCAGUCACUGCUACGCUAACUGGGUUUCUAUAGACAUCAUUCACAUGACAUUUGAUAUUGAACUUGAAAAUCACUAAAAGGAAUCCAAAUCUUCCUCUCUCUCUCUCUCGCUCUCUCUCUCUCACCCAGGACUGAAAAUGAGCAGUAUGAAAUAACUUCUCGUCUGUUAUAAUAUUAAUGCUCACUGCAGUGCUAGGGUCACACCGGGAUAAAAAGUGUAGGUCUGAAAAUGCAUAUUGAAACGUUGGGCUCUUGGGUCCUGAUGUCAUUUCAAGUACAUGUCUACUGUUCACUUUGUACUACCAGAAGCAAAAGGGUUCUGUCAUUAUGUACACUGCAGGAAUUGUUUAGGGAACUCUGGAACUAUUUAAGGAACUUUUACCUUCAUUCUGUUAAAAAAAAAUCAAUAUUUUAACAUUUCAUUUUACUUUUGUAUUAUUAUGUUCCUACAAUUUGCAUCAGGCAUUUCAUGUAAUUACUGUCACUAACCCAUGUGAUGCCCUUGCUACAUUACAUCAUGAUAUUAUUUUCCUGAUUCUGUUGGUAGAGGAAAGGGAGUAAUUAACAUUAUUAACUAAGUUAUGUUGUGGAAAAUAUCAGAAAGACUGCAUAUUGAAUUAUGAUUUAGUGCUUAUAGUGAUGCAUGAUGUUUAUCCAAGUGUAAUGUCCACUGCUCAAACCAGUUUAAUGUAGUCCUAAUUCAGAAUCGGUUUUUUUUCAGUUCCUUGAAUGGUUCCAAGUACCAAGUACUGUUUUCCCAGGCCCAGUUCAGACCAAAGAGUCACUUGCUACUGCAACUCAUCAGAGCAGGAAAUACAGACAGCUGUUGGCUCCUAUUGGUCUGAAUUGGGCAUUAAAGGUCCUCAGGUUCUCUAGUGGUUUUCAACUGUUAGGAGUAUGAAGAAUCUUUUUGUUCUCUGUGUUUAAUGGGUUUUGUAAACAACCCUCUGCCUUUCACCAACCAAGAAAGAACCUUGUCUGAGUCUGGUAUGAUACUUUUGUAAUGCACUGUUAUGGCCCAUACGUAGACACAGAGAGUUCUCUGUCUGCAUAUGGGAUUUUGGAAAAGCAACUAUUGAGGAAUGUACUCAUAAAAAUGUUUGUGAUGACGUUUUUGUUUGUUUGUAAAUAUAUUGAUAUUAUUGCACAGAGACCUAUGUUUUGUUUAUAGGCACACACUUGGAAAGGAUUACUUGAGCUUUUGUACAUUAGCUGACUUUUGUUAGCAGUUCCACUUUAUCACACUGCAGUUGGAUGUUUUCCAGGGCAAAUAAGGAUUUUCAUGGAGGUUGUUAAAUUUGUGUUUUUUUGUGUGUAUAUUCUCUUGAUUGACAUUUAAUACAUUUGUAUAUAAUAAAGUUACAUCUUUCCCAGA